CUGUUGUUUUGUUCCUCUUGCUUCACUCUUCCUUACUAUGAGGAAAGCAAAAACGAGAAACUCUGAUAACGGUAACAAAGCACACCAGGACCUUUUACAGUAACUUACAAACCAAGGAGAAGCUACAGAGCGUCAGGAACCAGAGACAAAGAUGGAUCGCUGAUCACCGUCGUCCCUUUGACCAUUUGUACCUUCGUUGACCCUGACCUAAGGUGACAACUUCCAUGGCAGAAGGACAGCCAAUAGAAGCUCAGCACCAGCGGUCUCAUGGACACCAGCAGGAGAAUAAUCCAACCUGCCCAGAGCCGACUGAAACACAGGGGACCAGUACUCUAGAAGACCCAGUCUUUUCCUGUUUGACUACCAAGGAGCUCCAGCAGAACCUGAAGGAGAUGAAACAGAGAAACAGAGGCAUCAAGCUGCUGUUUGAAAUCAAUUCCACACGCAUUAUUGAAGACAGCCUCACCAAAUAUGUGCUGUACCAGAUUGUGAUAAUGCGCUCCGGCAGCUACGACUCCCAGCGUGUUGCAAUAGAGCGCCGCUACAGCGACUUUUUCCGCUUCCACCAGCAGCUGCUGGAGAAGUUCAGCGAGGAGCUGGAGGAGGUGCACUUCCCCCGGAAGCUCCUCAGCGGGAAUUUCAACCCUGAAGUGAUCGCGGAACGCCGGUUGGGCCUUCAAGACUACCUCGGCAAAAUAUACGCCGUCCGAUGCGUCCGAUACUCGAGUCAUUUCCCCGAAUUCUUCACGGGACAGGAGCAGAGGCGUGCCCACGACCUGCUGCGCGCGGGGCAGUUCAAGCCCGCCACGGAGCAGCUCCAGGCCACCCUGACCCUCCUGGAGAAGGUGGCCCCCUGGCAGAGCGCCACCCUGCUGGUCCCCACGCUGUGCGCCCUGGCCGUGGGCCACCGGGACCUGGAGGAGCUGGGAGAGGCGUUCUCCGCGGCGCACAGGGCGCUGCCCGCCGUCCGGCGCUACGGGCUCCGCCGGUACAGAGCGGCCCUGCUGGAGCUGCUGGUGGACGUGGGCUACCAGCUGCAGCGGCCCGUAGCCCAGCUCCAGGAGGAGCUGAGCCUGUUUAGGGAUUCAGAGAGGGGGCGGGUGUCUUCUGCUUCACUGAAAGAGGUGGUGGUGCAGGAGUUUACCUGAGGACAGAGGCCCUCUGGGCGGGGCCCGCUGAAGGGGGGCCUCUGGAAGGGGCCCUCUGGGAGGGUCCCCAUGAAUGAGGGCCUCUGGGUGGGGCCUGUUGAAUGGAGCCUAUUGAGCCUAUCUGGGAGGGGCCCGUUGAAUGUGCAACACGGUUGCUAAGAGGUCUCUACGAACCUUGGAUCAUGUUUAAAUCUGAAUGUAAAAUUGGUUGUUCCACUUCCAGGAACAGCUAGUGGACCCCGAGAACGCAAACCAGCAACAGGGACAAUUUUAGGAAUCCAUAAAUUGAUUAAAAGACCAAAUUACAAUCUAGUCAAAAUGAUAGCACUGUAAGUGUAGCUCCUUGUUUUAGUGAUUAAACCUAAUCCCUGUGUUAUAAGGAAGUCACAACGCAUUGAGCAAAAUGUUUACCCAGACACAAUUUAUCAGGUCAAACGAAGGGGAAGCAAGAAAGUCCUAGAUUCUGAUGUCAGUUUCUGAUCCGCAAAUUAGUUUAGCCUGUUGAAAUCAUGUGGCUUUAUUAAGAGGCCCAUUUCACAUGCACAAGUGUAAAUGUACUAAAAACAAACGUCAUGAAUCAGCAGCCCCAUCACAAUCACAGCCCUUGUAUGCAUCUUUAUCAAAAUAAAGUAUUGAAAAACAGAAAUA